AUGACAAGUGGAGGUAGCUCCAAUAAUACUGGCUAUAGAGGUGAUACUGUUAGACAUCAAGGUGGUUCAGCUGAUGCUGGCAUGACGAAUACAACUAAUCAAAGUAUUGGUGGCGAACAAAGUUCUACUGGUGGAGAUAGUAGCAGCGGAGGGACUGGUGUUGGAAGUACAUCACGUCCACAAGAUGAAAGUAAUAAAGGGAAUACUGUCCAUGGAUAA